GCAACAAUACAAACAAACAAACAAACAAACAAACAUUCUCUUCUUGAUCUCUUGAUUUAUCAAAACUAAUCAAUGGCAAGUAUUCCUCCAACCCUCAGAACAGUGGAGAGCAUCAAAUCACCCCUUCAGGCUCCAACUUAUGGAGAGAUAAUCACUGUCCUUAGCAUUGAUGGAGGUGGAAUUAGAGGAAUCAUACCGGCAGUCAUCCUAGCCUUCUUGGAGUCCGAGCUUCAGAAAUUGGAUGGUGAGGAUGCAAGAUUGGCAGACUAUUUUGACGUGAUAUCAGGAACAAGUACUGGUGGCCUCGUAACUGCUAUGCUAACUGCUCCUGACGAGAAUGACCGCCCUUUGUUUGCUGCCAAGGAUAUCAAGGAAUUCUAUCUUGAACACUGCCCCAAAAUCUUCCCCCAAAACGGUGUCCCGUUUGGAUCGGCUGGAAAACUGGUAAAAUCUCUGACAGGACCGAAAUACGAUGGCAAGUAUCUGCACAAGCUUAUCAAGGAGAAGCUAGGAGAUACAAAAUUGCACCAAACCUUGACAAAUAUUGUUAUUCCAACUUUUGACAUCAAGAAACUGCAACCAACAAUCUUCUCCAGCUAUAUGGUGAAGAACAACUCAAACCCGUUCAAAGACGCUUGUCUCUCGGACAUAUGCAUUGCAACUUCAGCUGCUCCCACUUAUCUUCCUGCAUAUUCUUUCAAAACCGAAGACUCCAAUGGAGGGGAGAGGAUAUUCCAUCUGGUUGAUGGUGGUGUCGCUGCAAACAACCCGGCUUUGGUGGCGAUAAGUGAAGUUACAAAGGAAAUCACAAAAGGCAAUACUGACUUGAGCAGCAUAAAGGCAGCAGACUAUAGUAGGUUCAUGGUUAUAUCAUUAGGAACUGGUGGAGCCAAAAAUGAAGAGAAGUAUGAUGCAGAAGAAGCAGCUGGUUGGGGUGUCCUAAGUUGGUUGACUGCUGACCAUUCAACUCCUUUAAUCGAUGUUUUCAGUGAAGCCAGUAGCGAUCUCGUUGACUACCACAUUUCCACUAUUUUCCAAGCCAUUCACCACAAAGAAAAUUAUCUUCGCAUUCAGGAUGACACUUUGAAAGGAGAUGAAUCUUCUGUGGACAUAGCAACAAAGAAGAACUUGGAGGCACUUGUACAAGUUGGUGAGAAAUUGCUGAAGAAACCGGUGUCUAGGAUGAAUCCUGAGACUGGUGUCUGUGUACCUGUACCUGUAUCUCAUCCGGUUACAAAUGAAGAGGCUCUAAAGAAGUUGGCAAAAAUACUCUCAAGGGAGAAGCAGCUUCGUGAGAUAAGAUCACCCAAAGUCAACGUCGCCACAUCCAAGUGAAACAUCGACAUCCAUACAUACAUACUCGCAAUUCAUGUAAUCGAUUAGAGUUACAUAUAUAUAGUUUUUUUCUUUUUUUUUUUGAAACAAGGGUUUGGGGAGGGGAUAAGAUUCGAACCCACGACUUGAUGGGUAGGUGAUCCCUGAUCCCUUACAUGCAACGUGAUUGUCGUUUAACUAAUGGCUCACUUGCUACAUAUAUAUAUAGUUACACUUAGUUUCACAUAUUAUGUUUGAUGUACUUAUAGUUAAAUUUACUUUCAUUUAUCAAAAAUUCAUUUGUAUUCAUUCAAUGAAAUCAAUAAAUGCUUUCACUUAAGGCUCUCA